AUUAAUACAAGUAAAAGAAAACAGAAAGAGACURWUUCCCAUAAUACAGUGUAUUAUAUUAUGUGGCCGAGAAAACAUUCCUUUAAGGGGACACAGAGACUUUGGAUCAUUUAAUAUUGAUGAUGAUCAAUAUAAUGAAGGCAACUUCCGUGCUAUAUUAAAAUAUCGAGCUAAUGGAGACGAAUAUCUUAAAUCAAUACUUGAAGGUUCAGGCAAAAGAAACAAAUACACAAGUCCAGGUGUACAAAAUCAAAUAAUAGAAGCCUGCAAUAAACUUAUUUUAAAACAAAUUGUAGCCAAMGUAAAUGAAUCUAAAUGUUUCUCCAUUUUGGCGGAUGAAACAACAGACAUAUCAAAUAUAGAGCAAUUAUCACUCUGUGUUAGAUAUGUUGAUAUCAACAACAGGUUAAAUGAAGAUUUUCUUCAGUUUGUACCUAUUCAUAGUUUAACAGGAUCUGAUUUAGCGGCAUCAAUUUUACAAGGAUUAAGUGACUGUGGAAUAAAUUGUGAAUAUAUGUAUGGGCAAGGCUACGAUGGAGCUAGUAACAUGGCUGGUCAAUUUAAGGGAGUUCAAGCAAUUAUAAGAAAUAAAUAUCCGAAUGCACUAUACGUAUGUCCAUUGCUCGAAAAACUUCAUGUUUUUUUUAAUACACCUAAAAGGCAUCACGUUCUAUUAAAUGAAAUUGAGAAAAAUGAUUCCACCCCUAAUGUUAAAACUUUAAAAAGACUUUGUGCCACCAGGUGGGUACAAAGAUAUGACGCACUUAACGAUUUUUGCGAAUUAUAUAGUUUUGUCCACCAAGCAUUAAGUUUUAUAACUGCUGAAUGGAAUGAUUCGUCAGCAACUGAUGCUG